GUUUCUCGAGUCCUUGUUUGAAUGGAGGAACUUGUGUCCCUAACAUGAAUGAAGGCACGUAUCAUUGUAACUGCUCGAUACAGAUCCCAGGCCUGCCAUAUCUUGACCAACACUGCGCUGUGGAUCAUUCCUUGCUGGUUAAAUCUGGGACAUUUCGUAGUGUUUUCCAUUUGAGAAUCAAGCUUAUACGUUAUGCUCUGAACUAUUACGAAGCAGAACGAGCUUGUGYUAUUUUCGGUGCUCAGAUAUCAAGCUUAAAGCAGUUGGAAGAUAGUUGGAGAGCUGGCUUUGAUUCCUGCAGUUAUGGUUGGAUGAUAGAUGGGACAUCAAGAUAUCCUAUCUACAAUCAGCGUUCUUAUACAGGUUGUGCAGGAACUGGCCCUCCCAGUAUACGGGGGAGCACUGUCUUAAAAAACAAAGCCACAAACAGAUACAACGUCUACUGCUACAGAGUAACAGAUGACUGUAAAGAUAAAGAUUGGAUCCAAAAUGAUAAUAAUUGCUACAAGUUCUUUCUUAACACCACAGCACCUUGGAGUGCCGCUACUGACGCAUGCGCACUUGAAGGGGCAGUUCUGGGAGUCUUCAACUCGAUAAAUAAAAUCGGUUUCAUACAGGAUUUUUUUGCAACGAAGGAACUUUAUGGGUCACAUAAUCGUUGGUCUUCGCCAGGAUGCUGSUGGUGCAUGGAAGUGGACGAACGGAGAAGCAGUUAAAUCCUCUCUUUGGGAUGUCACCCAGCCAACUGGACCAAUAGGAACAGUUAAUACUGCCAUGAAGGCUCUUGACAACGUGCCAGACAGUGACGAGUGGAAACUGCCAUUUGUCUGUCAGAAAUCUGUUCCUUAAUCUUGCCCACGAAAAAAAACACUGAAAGGCAAGCACUAUAUAAUGAGCCAGGAUUUGGCUGUGUCUUACCCUCUGCUAGCAGAGUCUCCUUUUACUUUAGAUUUUUGUUUUUUCCAAGAUUUGAUGACUUGGUGUCGCUUCAGUGAUUGACACACAUUAAAACGCAGUAGGCUAGUUUACCUAUUUUUGGUCAUAAACAUCGGCAGAACGCAAAACAGCAUUUCUGGAAACCACAUUUUGAGAGUUCGCUCCCAGGCCUCAUCUGUUUGGUAUUUUGCAUAGUGAAAUUCGUCUAGCGCCGAAUCAUCUGUCCCCUUUCUCAGAUUCCUUUACUUUAAAUCACACUAGUGGCAACGAACGCACCGCGUUGAAAAGCCGUAGUCUGAGGCUCAGUUUUCUCUGGAUCAAAGUUUCACUGGAAUCUUGUCUAUAUGUCRGCAAGGUGUUACUCUAAAGUUAAUUAUAAAAUACUAUAUAAUCCGUGAAAAUCUAAUGAAAAUAUAGUACACUGAAAAACAAAACUGGGAGCAGUAAACAAUGAACAUAGCAACUAGUCCUAGCUCAUGCAUGCAAUUGGCCGCGGAAUGGCAAAUAUGAAAAGUUGACCGAAAAUUACAUAAACCAUUUCUUUCUUUCUUCAGAAUCCAGCAGAGAAAAUAAUUUAACACUUUAACAGUUACCCAA